UUGGUUUCAAGAUAGUCCCACCCGCGCAGGAACAGUUUCGAGUAGAAGUUGAGGCGCGUGAGCCGUAAUUGAACGGAGACCCAGAACAGUUGUUAAUGCAGCUGCGGCUGUAUACCAGAGGCCUUGCGGAAAUCUUCCUGCUGCGCGAAUCAUCUGAGUAUGAAGAGAGCCUAGGGGCCCUCGAGGAUGAGGCUCUCGAGAAGAUGAGGAUUCUCAUGAAAGGGGUUUCUCGAGAAGAUGAGGAUUCUCAUGGAUGAGGCUCUCGAGGAGAAGACCGAUCGCAAUGAAUCUUCUACGGAAACAAUAUCGCCCUGGUCAGAUGAGUAUACCAUCCCCGCCAAGCGCAGGCGUACUGUCGAAAACACUGGAUCGGAGCGACAACGGACCUUCGACUGGUCGCCCGUUCAGUUCAUCCACGAGUCCGUCCACGAAUUUCUCUUGAUAGGCAGCGGGCUGUCCUUCUUGCAGGCCGACGGGCCUCAACGUUCGCUCUCCGAAAGACACGAGAUACUGGCAGAGUGCUGCAUGGCCUGCAUUCUUCAGGGCAGCCACUUCCUACAGAUAUGUCAGCCGGGCAAAGUACAAGGGAAACGCUCCCUUUCCGAAACUGACCUUCCUUUUCUUCACUAUGCUCUCUCUGGCGUCUUCUACCACGCCCGGCAAGUUGAGCGGGGCGGAAUGUUGGCGGAGAAGGUGCUGCGCCAACUCGCGGACGUGCGGCGGACAUUCUGGACGGCAUGGCAAUUCGUUGCAUCCAUGGAUAGCAAAGGAGAAGACGCCUGGGGCUCUCGUACCCCCCUUCACCUGCUCUCUCAUCACCGGAUGUUCCUCUCCGCCUCUUUUGUACUGAAACUGGGAUUCGACAUCGACGCGCAAGACGGCCGCGGUGAUUCGGCUUUGCACUGCGCAGCUCGCGGGGAAAUCGUCGAGACGGCCCAGUUCCUGACAGGUGACCAAGUUGGCAAUGGACUCCGCGCUGCAAACGUCAACCUGGAAAAUAAGUGCGGAGAGACUGCUCUUCACCUUGCCGUAAAAUACGAAGAGGUCGCAAUGGUUCACCUACUGCUCCGGCAUGGGGCCAACACAGGUAUCCAGAACAAAGGAGGGGACGCCGCCAUACACAUCGCUCUCGGAACGACGGGUUGUUCGAUAGUACAAAUGCUUGUCAAGUACGGCGCCGAUGUCCAUUUGCGGAAUCGCACCGGAGAGAUGGCCGUCCAUAUAGCAUCUAGGAUACCAAACGUUUCGAUACUGGAGUCGCCUAUUCAACAGGAUGGCGACAUUAACGCUAAAGAUAGACGUGGAAUGACUCCGAUCCACCACAGGAUCAAGAAAAAUCUCGGGAUGCGACCCCUCGUCCGGUUGGGUGCCAACGUCCGGGCCCAGUGCUUCGACGGGAAGACAGCCCUCCACGUGUUCAUGGAGGUCGGGUCGUGCGACCACGACGGCUUCAACGCGUUCGGACACGCUCAGGACCUGAUGUUCAUCAAAGACUCCCACGGCAUGACGGCCCUUCACUACGCGGCCGAAAAGACGUCUGCCGCGAUGGUGCGGCGGUUGUUGCUCCUCGUUCCAGAGGAGAGCAAGCGGUCCAGGCUGUUGUCAUCACAAGAUCGCUUCGGGCAGACGGCGCUACACUUCGCUGCCCGGAGGGACAACUUGGAUAUAUUCCGCGUGCUCUUUGAAUCAGGAGCAGACCUAAAGCUCCGUGACAGAAACGGAAUAAAACCUGUCGACCAUGCAGCAGACAAGGUAUCGCGGGAGCCGUCGCUGGAGCGGCAGCUCUUUCUCUUAGGGUACCGGCGAAUACUUAGGCACCAGAACGGCCGAAUGGUUUCCGGUCUCACAAAGUAGGGGACGACUGGUGAGCGAGAAAGCACCACCUCAAAUGUUACAACAAUUUGGACCUACGGAAAUGCAAAGCCCAACGUCGGCAGCGAGUACUCUCCUCACGGCGCGGAUAAGGUCAGCCCGAGCACCUCCAGCGCCACAAUAGCAAGGAGAUAAAGCAAAUCGUCAGGGACGUCCUAGCCGAGGGUCAGGCACACUUUCCCCGAGAAACCAAAGAGUCCAAGCAGGAGUAUGGAUAGCUUAUGGCAGGUAUCGGAGAAAUGUCGUAGGCGGCAAACCAACAAAAGUCAACCGGCAGACGAUGAAUACCAGACCAUGCCGC